UAGACCACGGUACACCGUGCUGAUUUACUAUGAAAUUGAAUUGCUUAUUGUUCAUGACGUUGAUGGCAUUCCAUGCCCAAGGCUUCCCAUCACCUGACCGAUAUUUGUCGGUUAUACAAAAUCUGUUUUCGUCAUACCACAAAAACAACUUGUUUGAUGGACCAUCCAGCAUAUCUGCCGCUAAAAUUGCUACACCGAUUAGGACAAUAAAACCGACAAGAGAGGAAAUGAUGUACUACAACUAUUAUACAGCUUCCAUUAACUGUCCAUUCGGAGUGAGGACUAUGGAAUGUGGCUACUGUUCUAAGAUCAAAGACGACAUUACAAAUUACGUCGUUUUGGAAAAUGUGAAUCAUAGCACGGCAGCUCUUGUAGCAUUGUCCGAAAAACGCAAGGAAAUUGUAGUCGCUUAUCGAGCUACGACUAAUUACUGGAAUUGUGUACUCGACGCAACUAUCUUAAAUAUUAGUCCGCAUGGAGCCGAUCCAAUCAAGAUUCAUCGAGGCUUCUACAUCGCCACCAUGUCUCUUUAUGAUAGAGUAGUAAAAACAAUUGGAGCUUUUCGACUAGCCAAGAAAGAAUACACAUCAUACAAACUAGUCUUAACAGGUCACAGUCUGGGAGGUGCGAUGGCCAGAGUAACUCAAUUUUUGCUGUUGCAUUUGAAGCAAUUCCCUGGAAUAUCAAUGGAAGUGUACACUUAUGGGGAACCACGAAGUGGCAACAAAGACUACGUUGACUUCUUGAACAAUCAAACUGUUAAAUCGGCUCGAAUAAUCAAUAGAGCUGACAUCGUUAGUCAUCUACCGCCCACAUCCAUAUUGGGAACGACCAUUAUCAGUGACUACUACUACCAUGCGAUGAACGAAUAUUGGAUCAAUGGUGAUGAAGAAAAAUUUGCCUCUAGAUCGGGGUACGAAGACCCGAGCACUGCUAAUUCUUACGGACCGAAAUACUCCACCACAGAUCACUCUUCUUAUUUCGAUGUGAAGCCAUCGGUAACGAGCGCCGUCCAAGGACUAGCUGUUGCGAUAUUUUUUCAGCCGCCUGACAUUUUACCUCCUAUUCCGGAACCGAUCCGAAAUUUCUUAGAUGCUGUAACAGACCUGCAUAUGCUUGCUGUCAGAGCUAUGCAAGGAUAAUUUUGAGUAAUGUUAUCGAAUAGUGUGCACAGUAAAUAUGGCUAUUUUGGGAAAUCCGUCCUCUCUAAACUGAAUGAAAGUUAGGUUUCAUGGAAUGUGUCGUUUAUUUAGACUGACCAUUUCUAAAAUGAUUUAACCAAGAUGUAAAAUCGUAAUAAAAUCCUGCACUUAUGA